CAUCCCACGCCGUUGCUGUCAAGAUGGCCCGGAAACUUCGAGCCGCUGCACAAGCAGCUGCGCAAUCAAUGAGGAAUGCCGCACCUCCGCUCCCCGAGGCCUCUGACGAGGAGAUGGUAGAAGCACCCCCAUCGCGUGGAACGUCCCCGCCCAUUGAAGACACGGGGGAUGUAUCGGAUAGAGAUCUUGAGGCGGAGGAACUCCAGCCAGAACCGAGCCCAGAAGAAGAAAUGGCGGCAACGCCCGUCCAGGAUUCAAACCCUCCCUCGCGAGCUGAUACCCCGACACGCACGGGGGGCCGCAACCGUCCGCCGGACUGGGAUGCGCCCGAUGAUGGUGCCGCGCAUUCUCCGAUGCAUGUGAGCACGCCCGUGAAGCGCAAGCGUGGACGCCCUGCCGCGAGUGGUGGACGAUGGGCACGGAACCGGGGCCCGUCGCAUGUCACGCAGGUUCCAAUCGACAAGGAGGGAAAUAUGAUGGAUGUCAUUGACGACGAAGUGGCCCUGCCCCCCGACCCCGAGGGCGAUACGAAGGUCGACAAGUACGGAAACCUGCUAGGCGACCGCGAGUACAGGGUUCGCGUCUUUACGAUUCUCAACCGUGGCGAUCGCUUGUACAUGCUGUCCACGGAACCCGCGCGUUGCAUCGGCUUCAGGGACUCGUACCUCUUUUUCCAGAAACACAAGUUCCUCUACAAGAUCAUCAUCGACGACGAGGCCAAACGCGAUCUCAUCGAGCGAGACAUCAUCCCGCACUCCUACAAAGGCAGAGCCAUAGGUGUGGUUACUGCCCGGUCGGUUUUUCGAGAGUUCGGUGCGAAGAUCAUUGUUGGCGGGAGAAAGAUUGUCGACGAGUACAAUGUCCAGGCCGCCAGAGAGCGCGGGGAGGUUGAGGGCGAACUUGCCGUUCCCGAGGAUAGAAUCCCCCCACCGGGCGAGCCCUACAACAAGAAUCAGUACGUUGCCUGGCACGGUGCCAGUAGCGUCUAUCACACCAGCGCUCCGUCGGUUCCCCUGCCCACCGGGAAGGUGGUGGAUUCGAAGAAGCGCAAGGUCACGGUCACUGGCGACAAUUGGAUGCUCGAACACGCCCGAGAGGCAAGUAACUUCAACUCACUGAUCUCGCUCGCUCGUCGCGCAAACCUGGGAGGGCAGUACGAUAUCCACACCAACGUCAUGCAAUACCCCAAGAUCAUGCAGCCGACUCAUGUCCGCUGGGAGCGUCUGCCACCGCCCGAUCCGCACGUCGCAACCAAGCUGGAAAAGGGAUUGUCUACGCUGAGCCUGACGAACGGUACUGAAGACGAGCCAGCUGCUGUCGACACAGAAGUCAGCGACCCAGCCAACGAAGCCGGCGACAACCCAGCCGAGCAAGAAGAGCAGCCAUCCAUAUUUACCACGGUCCCUGCGGCUCUUUCCCGCCGCUUCGCUAUUCACGACAUCCAUUACGAAUCGCCACCAUACACGAACCUCGGCGUCCCCGGCCCCGACGGCGACGUGCACGACAUCGGGUCCAACGGCUUCAUCAGCAUCGCCGACUCGCCCCACCCCGAGUUCGCCAGCCCCGAAAUCAUGGAAGAGCUCCCUUCCGAAUGCAAGGAAGCCCUGAUCGAGGCGGCCGCCCAAGAAUGGCACUGGAAGUCCAAAUGGUGCACUGAACUGAACGACGGGAAUCGCGCCAAGCCCUUGAAGGGCUACGCCUGGUUUCCAUGA